AUGUCGUUCUCACAACGUGCGCCUGGGCGUUGCCGAAACGAAGACCGUUGUCGUAAAUAUCAAAGAGGAGAAUGCCGCUUCGUACACCCGGACCAGCCGGAGUGGGAGACCGCAAAACCAUUUGUGUCGUUUGACGACCACGGUCCCGGCCGCGGCCGCGGUCGAGGUGAUGGGCACACGGAUGGCGGCUCACGAUAUGGUGGAGGAAGAAGUGGUGGACAUUGGAAUGAAUCGCACAGCAACGGCGGUGGCGGCGGAAGAUACAACUCUUACGGCCAACAGAACAACAACUGGGGAGGCUCAACUUCUCAGCCCUCUAGCUCGGCGUGGGACGAUCAUGAUAAGGGCGCCACAAACGCCAACUCUUGGAACAACGCAACUUUCACGGAGUCGAACCCUGCACCAGCUGCGAACUCGUCGAAUAGUACUUCGGCUUGGGGAAACACGAUUGCGGCACCGGAAGCGUCUGGCGCGUCCGCGAAGAAGGAGAAUAGUGCUUGGGGUAGCUGGGACAAGCAACGGCCUCAGUCUCCGACAGAUGGAUGGGCGAAGAGCACUGGAGGCAGUAGCUGGGAUACUUGGGGUGGAGCAUCCCCGGUUGGUGGUAAUGGAUGGGGUGCAGGAUCUCAGGUCAGCGGCGGUGGCUGGGGCUCUACGACUGAUGACGGUGGCUGGGGAUCUAACACUGCAAACGACAACUCGGCCGGAGGAUGGGGAGAGUCCAAUGCCGGUGGUCUACCUUCGAGCGGCUCGACGACCAACGCUGGAACACAGAACAAUGGCUGGCCGACUGCGAAGAAUGUCAACGAUGCGGACGUCAAAGGCAAGGGCAAGAUGCGUGCCGAAGGUGGUGGCGGCUGGCCUGCUUCUUCGAAGGAUGAUCAUUCUCGGCGUCGCGCGUCAAACGACUUCCAUCCUCCAACAUCAGAUAAUGGCUGGGGUAGUCAAAGACGGCCUAGCCAAACUUCUCCUCCAUCCUCUCGUCGUGCCUCGGGGCCACAAACGUCUUCGUCUUGGACAAACCACACCGGUGGAACUCAUGGACAAGGGUGGGGCUCGGGGACUGGGAACGAUGGCUGGGGGCAGACUGAAACCGUCGGCUGGGAUACCGCGACGGUACAGCAAGAGCUACCGCCAGCCCCUACUAUCGAGCCCCCCGCACCUCCCGUGCAGCCUCCGCAACCCAGGAGCUCGUUCGCCAGCCAAAUCCUCGAUGCGCUCGUUCGUUCUGAGGACUUGCGCUCCGCAGAAACGCGACUAGAGCGUACAAAGCGCAUGGAAGCCUCUCCGCGAUACGAGAAGCGCAGUCCUGCCAUGGCUGCCAAGCUCAACUCCGACCUCCAUGAUGCGAACGAGCAUCUGACCCGGAAGUCCGAUGAGCUUCGUUCGCGCUUACGACGCCUCGCAAAGCUGCCCGGCGCGGAGAAAGUCUUCGCGGAGAUCGACUCAGAGAUCGACCUGGAGUGGCUGACCGAAGGAGACCUUCAAAAGUGGACGGACGUCGCCGAGCCAGCCGUAAGGGCGUAUCUGUCUGCCAAGGAUGCGGGUAUGAAGCAAAAGGUGAAGACUGAAGGGUUCGAUGCUCGACCUGACUGGGUGAAAGAGCUUCCCGCCUUCAAGAACAUCAAGCCCUUGUCGGCUGAACAAGCUAAAGGCAUCGCGGGCGACGACAAGCUACUCCGUGCCGUGAUACAAACCUUCGGCACCGACAGCCCGAGACUUCGCCAGGCAGUCUCUGUCGCCAGGGCCCAAGCAGACAUGCGAAACUACGGUCCUCAGUUGGACGCGAUCGAACGGGAGGGAGACCGUAAACAAGCGCGGAUUGCUGAGCUCAGAAGGUCUCUCCAGGAGAUGAAAGAGCGAGACGCACGUCGUGCGGAACAGGAGGCUUCGGAACCAACGACUGCAGAAUGCAUCAAGCAAUGGAAACUCCAGCUCGCGGCGAACAAAAUCGUGUAUGACAGACAGACCAAGGAGUUCGAGAAGUAUCACGCCGCCUAUCCCAAGCUCAUACAGCAGCUCGACAACCUGCCUCCAGUUGACGACGUCGAGGCCAUCGCGGCAAGUCUGCGACCCGCGAUGAUCGAGUCCAUUCAACGCCUCGCCGGACCGCUCGUGGACAAGAUCGUGGCGGAUGCUCGCCAGGUUGCAGCCGAUCAAGCGCGCGAGCAAGCUCGCGUAGUCAUCGAACAAUUUCAGCCGUUAUUGACACUCAUGGAAUACGCGAAGAUGAAGGAGAGGAACGGGAUGGAGGCCGCGGAGAAAGUGCAGACCCUGGAGCAGGAGCGGGUUGAGUAUGAAACGCAGAGACCUGCCCUGGAAAACAAAACUCUCGAGAGCUCCGUAGGACCGCUGAACGGUCCAGAACGGGAAAGCGCUUCGGGACAUGUUCCCGAACGCAAAGAGCGGUCGCCGACGGCGCAGCACGAGGCGCCCUCGGCAGUCGUGCAACCGCAGAAUCCGGCGGUGCAGCAGAGAGAGGAGUUGCAGCUCGCCAAUCGAUGGGCAGUCACGCGCGAGACGCAAAGUCCCUCCACCACUUUAGACGAGGACGAAGUCGACCAGUUGAUCGACACCCCUGGAUUCUCGCGCUCGACUUCAUACGAGUCCGAGUCCGACAUUAGACUUUGA